CGAAAGAACAUAGUUUGGAGCUUACAUUUUGUGUAUACUUUGCAUGUUUACUGGGAAGUGAAAAGUCUACACUCGUUGUCGAGAUUGUGAAGAUUAAAAUUUGCUUUCGAAAGAUUAGAUCGCUUUGUUAAGAUUAGCUGUUCUUGAAAACAGCAUUUUCUUGUUUGGAAAAUCAAUUAAUCAUAAUAGCAUAUUUUUCUAUUACAAGCGAUAAAAAGUGGGAAUUGAUAUUUCAUUUGACUGAGAUCACGUUUCUGAAAGCAUGAAAAUUCUAAAACAUUAUUUGGGGAACUUUCAGUGUUGACUGACACUUUAAAAAUGUUUGAAAGUUUACAGUGGAAGGAAGAUUUUCUUUAAGAAGAUGGUACUACGAAGAAACAUUUCAAAUACAUUCAAUUUACCAGACACUCAUAAAAUGCUGCAACAAACGUGCAGGAAAUUUGCUGAAGAAGAAUUACAGCCAUUAGCUGCAAAAUUUGAUAAAGAACAUUUGUUUCCCGGAGAACAAAUAAAGAAAAUUGGCAAACUGGGUUUAAUGGGGUUGACUCUACCAGAGAAUGAAGGAGGCUCUGGACUUGAUAAUGUUGCUUAUGUAGUAGCCAUGGAAGAGAUCAGCAGAGGAUGCGCAUCUUGUGCUACAAUAUUCAGUGUACACUGUUCAUUGUAUUUAGGUGCCAUAGAAAAAUUCGGAAACGAUUCCCAGAAGAAAAAGUUUUUAAAACCUUUUAUGGACGGGAAGAAAAUUGGUUGCUUUGCAUUGAGUGAACCAGGAAAUGGCAGUGAUGCUGUUGCAGCAUCAACAACAGCACGAUUAGAUGGAGAUUCUUGGAUUCUAAAUGGGACCAAAGCUUGGGUAACAAAUGGCUACGAAGCUGAAGCAGCUGUGGUUUUUGCUGCUACCAACAAAUCCAAGAAACAUAAAGGUAUCAGCUUUUUUCUAGUUCCAAAGCCAAUAGAUGGUCUUUCUUUAGGUAAAAAGGAAGAUAAAAUGGGUAUCAGAGGAUCCUCCACUUGCAAUCUGAUAUUUGAAGAUUGUAGAAUUCCACGAGAAAACCUCUUAGGUCAAGAAGGUGAUGGAUUUAAAAUAGCUAUGGCAACUUUAGACUUCGGACGGAUUGGUAUAGCAGGACAAGCAUUAGGAAUCGCUCAGGCGGCUUUCGACUGUGCAAUCAACUAUGCCUCACAAAGGAAAGCUUUCGGUUCACCCAUUCUCAAUUUACAAACGAUUCAGCUCAAACUAGCGGAAAUGGAAAUGCGAAUCGAAGCUGCUCGUUUAUUAACAAGGAAAGCAGCAAUGGUGAGGGAUACAAGAGAAAAAUAUACAAAGGAAGCAGCAUUAGCCAAGGUAGCGGCAUCAGAAACUGCUACAUAUGUUUCUCAUCAGGCUGUACAGAUAUUAGGAGGAAUGGGAUAUGUUUCAGACAUGCCAGCCGAACGCCACUACAGAGAUGCUCGCAUAACAGAAAUCUAUGCUGGAACAGCUGAAAUUUUGAGGCUUGUAAUUGCAGAAAAUCUUAUGAAACAAUAUGAUCUCACUGAAUAAAUUUCAAUAUAUAUUAAUGGCA